UGUCACCCAUCAAUGCCAGUCAGUGCCGCCUAUCAGUGCUGCCAUGUCAGUGCCGCCGAUCAGGUCCAGUCACUGCCGCCUAACAGUGCCAGUCAGUGCCACCUAACAGUGCCAGUCAGUGCCACCUAACAGUGCCAGUCAGUGCCACCUAACAGUGCCAUAUAUCAGUGCCGCCUAUCAGUGCUUCCUUUCAGUGCCCAUCAGUGAUGCCUGUCAAUGCCCAUCAGUGCCACCUAUCAGUGCUCAUCAGUGCAGCCUCAUUAGCGCAUAUCAGUG